CAUGCUUGCUUCCUUACUCAUCAUACUAUGCUGUUUUAUAAACACUCUCUCGCAUAGCAUUUAUGCAUUUGCUCAGAACACAUUACUGGAUGAUGAUCUAAACCAGAAGCCAGGGUAUGAAAAUUCACUGUCGGUUAACGUUAGGAAUAGACAGUUUGGGCGGACAAGAAUCAACUCAAGAAAGUGGGGAGAAGAGAAGGUAAUUCCCUUGCAGUGCAGACAGAGAAAAGCGGAGAAAAGCAGAUAAGCGUGUGCUUGAUGUGCUGCAGUGUGACGUGGAUGGAUGUGGGAUUUCUCCCUAGUUCUGUGUGUUGAUGUGAUUGGUGCCCAGAGUCCAUCGCUUCACAGGCUGCUGCUGCCCUGGAGCCAGAGCACAGGAAUUCACUCUCAUAGAGACCGAGAGCAAACCAUGCAUUGAGACACUUAUUUACACACGUUUCACACACACAGACACCACAUGGACAGAUACACACUCUGGCAGCACUUCAAAGCAAUAACUGUACUUGUGGUUAAAACAGAGUGUUGCACUCACCUUUUUUUUGACACCUGCCACAUCCAUUUUGACCUUUUUAACUGCGUUUUCUUGGGAAGAAGAAACUUUAGUCGCUGAGGUAACAGCUUGGUGCCUCCUGGGAGAUUUUAGGACUAGUUUCUCUUUAUAGCAUCAGCAUAAAGAGUAGGUAAGUCUGUCUGCGGGAGCUCGCCGUCAGCAUGCAGGUGUCAUUCGUGUGCACGGACCACCGAGGUGUUAGCCGCAGCACCGAGGAUCGACUGAACCGGCAAAACGCCAACAGCCCGAGUUUGGGGACCAAAAGCAAGUUCCGCGCCGUGGCGAUGGUGGCCCGCAGCCUGGGACAACUGUCUGUGCAGAACAUGCACUCCUCUGGUGACCACUGCUUGAGAACUGGCAUGAAAUAUAGGAAUCUUGGGAAAUCUGGAUUACGGGUAUCAUGUCUAGGGCUUGGCACCUGGGUGACGUUUGGUGGUCAAAUCACAGAUGAGAUAGCUGAGCAGCUGAUGACGCUGGCGUACGAGAACGGGAUUAAUCUGUUUGACACAGCUGAGGUGUAUGCGGCAGGGAAGGCUGAAAUAGUUCUCGGCAGUGUCAUCAAGAAGAAAGGAUGGAGACGUUCCAGUUUGGUCAUCACCACCAAGAUAUACUGGGGUGGAAAAGCAGAAACAGAGCGAGGCUUGUCCAGAAAACACAUAAUAGAGGGUCUAAGGGCAUCACUGGAGAGACUUCAGUUAGAGUAUGUGGACGUAGUGUUUGCCAACAGACCCGACCCCAACACGCCAAUGGAAGGAGAUCCGUUUAACACUUCAAAAUCAAGAACAUUCAUCAUAGAAGAGACGGUUCGAGCAAUGACCCAUGUGAUUAACCAGGGAAUGGCCAUGUAUUGGGGCACUUCUCGCUGGAGCUCCAUGGAGAUUAUGGAAGCGUACUCUGUGGCGAGACAGUUUAACCUGAUCCCGCCUGUCUGUGAGCAGGCUGAAUAUCACAUGUUCCAGAGAGAGAAGGUGGAAGUACAGCUGCCUGAACUCUUCCAUAAGAUAGGUGUGGGUGCCAUGACGUGGUCUCCACUGGCCUGUGGGAUCAUCUCAGGGAAGUAUGACAGCGGUGUGCCUUCUCAUUCCAGAGCCUCUCUCAAGGGCUACCAGUGGUUGAAGGACAAGAUCCUGAGUGAGGAAGGCCGCCGUCAGCAGGCGAAGCUGAAAGAGUUGCAGGCCAUUGCGGAGCGGCUGGGCUGCACGCUGCCCCAGCUGGCCAUCGCGUGGUGUCUGAGGAAUGAGGGUGUGAGCUGUGUUCUGCUGGGGGCCUCCAGCACUGAUCAGCUGAUGGAGAACAUAGGAGCCAUUCAGGUUCUUCCAAAAUUGUCAUCGUCAAUUGUUCAUGAAGUGGACAGUAUCUUAGGCAACAAACCCUACAGUAAAAAGGACUACCGGUCCUAAAAGGAAGGUUAGUGACACUGUGUCGACCUGCUUCUUUCUCUGAGCUUUGACUGAAUUAAACAUUGGCACAUGGGACCAGCACCGCCACAGGUCCUGCAGGAGACACCAACUCGCACACUACUUGGAGUCUGCCGACAUUAGCCUGAGAGGAGGCCAAGAUCCGCACGGGCAGAAGGGAAGCAUGCUCACAUACUCAAUAAGCAGAACGCCGCUCCAACCACCAAGAAACCACUGAGAUCAAGCACACUGGCUCACUUCCUCGUCCUCUUUGUCCCCUCGUAGUAAACACUAAGAAUUGCAGUAUUAGGGAUCCAGAGUUUUUGUACGUAUUCUAGAAAUGCAUGAGAUCCACUGGCCAGAGCUUUUCCCCUACAUUUUGGAAAACAAAUAAAUUUGCAUAACCUAACAGGAGGUAAUGAAACUGAUGAAGCACUAGCAAUUACAUGACUGAACAAACUAAAUAAGGCAUUUGAAGUUUUAUAUGGAAACAUCACUGAAUUGAUGGCCAAUAUGUGAUUGUUUACAAGACCUCAUUUAUACUACAAGCUCUAUCAUUAUUUCUGGCUGCUUUUUUUAAUUCUAGAAAGGGAUAGUCAUUAUAGAGUUAUAUAAUACUGUAGGUAAACAAACAUUAGCUUUGGGUUGUGAGACUGUCAGAAAUAUUAGUCAAAAACAGGCCUCAACAAAUGUGCAAUAUCUGAAAGUGUUUAUAAACCCUUAGUUUUUUUUUUUUACUUUCAAGAGCUUUUCUAGAAAACAAAUGUCCUUAUAGAGCGUAGACAGUAGUUGAGUGGUAAACUGUGUGCUUAUGUCACAGCUUUGUUUUGCUAAAACCAAAGAAAUGUCUAUUUCGUCCAAGCACCUGCGUUUGAUCAGUUGAGUUUUGAAAUGUUAUUAUUUGGUACUCAUCGUGUCAUCUGUACUCAGUGUUUGAUUGCCUUAAUUAUGUGUAUUUUCCGUUGCUGAAUGUGGAAACUUCUGUUCCUAUUUAAUUUUAGUGGAUGCUCGAUUAGAACCAUUUUGAGUGCACUGGAUGUUUUUUUUUCUGUCAGUCAGUAUUCACACAGUACUGUCUAAAGAAAUUAGAAGGAAUUGAGGUGUUUUGGUUGUCAUUUAACAGUUUUAUGAACAUUUUACCUUUUCGUGUUUAGUGUUGUUUGUUUUUCUUUGUGUAUGUGUAGAAUGGGUCUUGUUUUUGGUCAAUGGCGCCCUCUACUGGCCAGGAACACAUCACUCCACAUUAUAAGUAAAAUUUUAGAACAAAAUCAGUACCUUAAUAGUAUAAUUUAUUUCACAUAUGUUCUCCAUGAAACAUUAUUUUAUUGUUGCAACCAUUUAUUUAGCAUGUUGAUCUGUAUCAACAGAAUUAGGCUAUCUAGUAGGCUACUUUCUGGAAUUUUAAAACCAUCAGUGGUAAAUGCUGAGCAUUAACUGAGGAUGACAGAGGCGUUAUAGAGUAGUCUAACUUAUGUCAUCGUAAUUAUUAACUUAUAAUAAUAGAAAUGCCUAAAUGAAUUUAUAUCAUAUCGAGGCAGUUCAAAUUAAUUCUGACUCUUAUUCCAAUAUGAAUUAACUUUUUACUAAAUUUAGCCUAUGUAUCGUAGUGUUCAAAAAGUCUCAAUAUUGGCUGCAUGUACAUAGUGGAUUUUAAUAAUGGCCUAUAUUUUAGUGUAGAACAAUGAUUAUGCUUGGCUGAGUGAAAGUGUUGACCUAUAGUUGGAAUGUAAUGCAACUUAAAGGGUUUUGAUUGUUGAUUGAGCUACAUUGAGUCGUAAGUCAAUUUCAAACAUGCUUACUAUUACUAUCCGAGAGGCUUUUUUAAGUAGCACUUUAACCAAAGAAUACCAGGCUUUGAUGGAAGUGGGAGCAUUGCUUCAGUUGUCAUUAGCUGAGGCUCAUUGUAAAUGUUCUUAUAUUUGUUAUUUGUAUGUCGGUGAGGCUGCAUCUAUCAUGAAGUGUUUGAGGUACUUUUCGGUUCACAUUUGUUUGCACUCGCUCAGGAAGUCAUAACUGUUGAUGUCAGUAAUUAGAUGGUAAAAAGCGCACCACGUGUACCAGUUUCGUCAUGUGGAGGAUAAAUGUCCCUGAAUGAGAAAUUGUUGGUUUACACAAAUGUAACAGCCUAAUAUUUAAGUUUUUUCCCCUGCAUUGUUGUAGAAAGAGCCCCAGCUGAAUACUUUGCUGUAAAAUUAUUUGAAAAAAAUUUAUAUUGUCAAUAGGAGUAACUGUAUGUACAGGAAAUCUGAAAUGUUUUAAUGCUUAUUUGAUAUGAAUAGACUGUUUUUUGGUAUUUCAACUUAGUAUUCUGAUAAUUAUUAACUGUAAUAUGAUCACCAUGACUGUUAAAGAAAUGCAUUAAGUUAUGGUGAUCUCUGUAGAUAGAUAAUGGAAUGGUUUGAUAACAUGUAUAAUCGGAUUCUGUAUGCUAUACUGAUUUUAAUAACCAUAAUCACAUUUGCCUUCAUUUAUUUUUUCAUUGGCAAUUAUUGCUUGACAUUAUGCUUGAAGAAAAAUAUGUACAGCUUCAAACGAUGAAAAUAAAUAAUUCUGAAAAUUC